AACAUGUGGUAGCUUUAAAAGAAUUGAUAGGUUAGAGACGCGAAAGUACACUCUUGAACGGUUACGAUUUUAAUUUGAAUGCAAAAAGUUUAUGUGUGGCCUCUCAUUUGAUUUUUGAGGAAACAUUAACUGGAUCUACUUGAUCCAUCUCAUCGCAUGGUACUGUGAUCUUAUAAGUGGAUUAGAAAUCCAUAUAGAGAAAGAAAGAAGAAGAAUACAAAAAGUUGUACACAAGAUGAAGAUUAAAACUUUGCGAAAGAAUCCUCUAAGUCGACCCAGGGAGGAAAAUGAAGUGGCAAAUGAUCAACCGAGUACGUCAACGGAUAAAGCUUCGGAAGUUUUGCUGCCGUCUGACAGUAACUUCAAUCACAUCAAAUGCAAAGCUGUAAGGUACCAGAAAUGCCAGGAAUUGAUGAAAGAACGAGCGAAGGCAAAGAAAGCAGCGAAGAAGGCGAGGAUACAGUCGGGCGCUCCGAAACAGAUGCCACAUACUUUAGAGAGCCUACGAGAGAAAGAUGAGACUAUGAUAGUAGGUAAUCUGGAUGAUGAGGCGAAUGAGGAGCUCAAAUUUGACUGUGAACAUGAUGAAUUUGCUGCUUACUAUAGGCAAGAGUAUGAACCUAAGGUUCUCAUUACAUAUGCUGAUAAUCCAAACAGGAAAACGAGAAUUUUUGGCAGAGAACUUACAAGGAUGAUACCUAAUUCUAUUUCGCUGUAUAGAAAUCGCUCUGGCGUUAAAAAAAUGGUCAAAAGUGCUACUGCCCGAAACUUUACAGAUAUAAUCAUUGUUAAUGAGGAUCAAUGCAAACCAAAUGGAAUGUUAAUCAUUCAUCUGCCAGAUGGUCCUACUGCACACUUCAAACUCAGUAAUGUCAAAUUAACGACAGAUUUAAAGCGCAAUCAUAAGGAGAUCACAGAGCACAGACCAGAAGUUAUUCUCAAUAACUUUACCACACGCUUAGGUUUCACCAUUGGCAGAAUGCUAGGAGCCUUGUUUCAUUAUCAGCCAGAAUUUAAAGGAAGGAGAGCUGUGACAUUUCAUAAUCAAAGAGAUUAUAUAUUUUUUAGACAUCAUAGAUACGAGUUUAAUCUCAAGAAUGGAAAACCGAGAUUAAGAGAACUAGGUCCACGAUUUACUUUAAAAUUAAGAUCACUACAACAUGGAACAUUCGACAGUAAAUAUGGUGAUUACGAGUGGAUUAUACAAGGUCGCAGACACGAGAUGGAGACAAGCAGAAGAAAAUUCUUUUUGUGAAUUCUAUGUAUACAUAUAUUAGGAUUAUC